AUGCCCCAGGCUGGAUAUUCCUCAGAUGACAUCACAGCAGAACUCGAUGCUAUUGAGGAUACUGAGUCCGAAUCUGGAAAUGAUGAGCAAGACAACGAGUUUGAUGCCCAGAGCGAUCUCGACACCCUGAGGAUGGUCUUGACAAUGCCUCAGCCUGACGCGCCCAUGCACGAAGUCCGCAGGGCACUAGAAGUGGCGCAACAAACAUAUACUGCUGUUCGGUCUGAGUUGCGUGCUCUCAAGAAAGACCACGCUAUGCUCCAGGCUGCUGUCCCUGCAUGCAGCCGAAACCGAGUCCUUAAGAAGACAUCAACCAUCGACAAUGACAUCGCCCGUGCGGGCAAGAUGUACGCCAUGCUCAACUACUUUUGGGUCAUGAGCGGGCUCUUUCCGACAAAACCCCAGCCAGACAUUGAUCCACGCAGCGACACACGUUGGUCUUCACCUGAAGCGAAACUCAAUGGUUUGAUCUUCUCUUCAUUAAAACUCGACCCGACUGUCUUCACUGACGAGGCUGCCAAAAAGAAGGAGAAUGCGCAACUCCUUGCUCUCUUAAAGAAGGAUGUCGGUGGCGAAAAGUAUACACGUCUAGCCCCCAUUCUGUUCAUGGAUCCUUCUGCUCUAGUUCCAGAUGCCUUCCUCAAAACACCAGUCAUGGCCAAGAUCAUCCGAGUUGAAAUAUUCGGGAAGGCUUCGCUGUCUGGGAAGACCAAAGGUCAUCCGAAGGCCAGGGGUCAGCGUUGGUCUACGCAGUGUGUCACAGAAGGUCUGAUCGCAGGUGCUGCUAUUGUGGCGCGUUUCUUGUUAACGCAUGAUCAAGAGCUCACAGCAACCGGACCAGCCACGAAAAUUGAUUAUGCGCAAGACUUUGAUUUUUACUUGGAGCGACUAUUCAAGCGCAGCCCAUGGGCUACGAGUGUGAUCAACUAUUACAACCAGGAGGUUUUCGGCACGAGCUCAGUCCUAGCUACUAGUGGUACCCCUACUCCACCCUCUGCCUCCCAACCUCACACCUGGGAAGACGACUUCUUACAGCAGUUAGAAGAUCCUGCCUCCGCACCACAAACCAUCCCCAUUCCCGCACCACAACUUCUGUCAUCUUCACACAUCACUUAUGCUCCGACUUCUGCGAGUCGUGCUGACAUGAAUGCAGUCGCCACUGUCAACUACCAGACUGCAAUGUCUAUCAGCAAUCCGGGAGGGCCCGCCACCACCACUCAGCUCCAACUCGAAGUUGACAUUGGGUGUCUGGCUCAACGUCGAGUUACCGCUCAGGCUGCUCAGACUCCGGUGGACUCGGACGUGGUCCCUGUUGUUCCUUUGGCUCCUCCUCCAGCACUCAAGCGUGUUACACGCAAUGGUGGUGCCAAACUGAGGAAGGUGUCGGGGAGGAAGUAA